AUGUUCGCGAACGAUGUGGGAAUGAAGUCUCGAAAUCGCAAGUGGCCUUCCAGAGUUCUCCACGUGGUCUCGGAACCACUGGGCCACCGUAGUGUUAUCGUAUUUCGGUGCCGGUAUGGGGAUCGCCGAUUCAUCUCACUCACACUUCCGUCUCAACUAACAAUACAUUGCACAGGUUUAACGCAUAGAAGGCCGUUCCCCUCGACUCUCGGACUGAGCGCCCGCGCAGCGCCGUCAGUCUCGGGGUCGCGUGGAACGGCUCUUAGGCCAUGA